GAUAAUUUUUUAAUAAUGAUUUUUGCAUAUAAUACUACGAAUAUGCAGAUAGUUUUCCAACUGUGAUUAACGUUGAUGCCCUAAAUCUAAGACUCAGAUUAUUUUGUAAUGCAAUCAACGCUUCCAAAUAAAUAUAACCAUAAAGUGAUUAUUACCCAUUAUAAUUCCUAGUAGUGGAGCAAUUAGAUACUGGAAGUGGUUGGAUAUUUCCUAAAUUAAUACUUAAAUGGAGCCGUUUCUCGUUUCCUACUAUCAGCUGAUAAAUACAGCGUAUCUGCUCUAUUAUUCUCCAAACAUGAGCUCAGCUUUUCUUGGUACUUGGUCACAUGGCAAUAUUCAGGUUCGUACGGUGUUCUGCGAAUAGGGUCCUCUAAAGCUAGCUUGUCAAAACAGAUUGCAGCGUCGUUAUGUCUGGAUCCGUUGGGGCUUCCUUACAUAAGGAAUGGAUGGGGGAUGGAUAUAUAGGAUUGAGCUUAGGCAGCUGUUGUCUAGUAGCAGCACUUGAGGAGACCUCGAAGAAAUCCACCUUCAAGGUCACUAAUCAGAAGCCCGAAGGAAAUUGCGGCACAGUAGUUGGAGCCCAGGAGGAUUCCACCUCCGUAAUUCCAUCUUUCAAUGGCUCGACAGAUAUUCCUUUUUCUUCCGCUGGGUGGAAAGGAUUUGGUGGCGCAACAAGCCAGAUCUGGAGACAUUCAAGCAACACCAAUGGUGGUGCUGCAGAAGAGAUGUGGAAUAACAAGGCUUCUGGAAAACAGUUGUCAUCGCAGUACAAGGGCGUUGUUGCGCAACCUAAUGGUCGUUGGGGUGCGCAGAUCUACGAGAAACACAGGCGAUUAUGGCUUGGGACAUUCAACAAUGAAGAAGACGCAGCCCGUUCAUACGACACGGCGGCCCUCAAGCUCCGUGGCCCGAAAGCCGCCACUAACUUUGUUCCUAUCGGUGACACCCACCAGGAGGCCAUUUUUCUAGGGCGCCAUUCCAAGUCAGAGAUCGUUGAGAUGCUGAGAACACACACCUACCAUGAAGAACUCCACCACUCCAACAAAAUGAAUGGCGCAGAAUGUUCCAAUCACGACGGUCCAAAUCCUGUAGGGGAGAACAGAGCUAUAUAUCCUAGAGAGCACCUGUUUGAAAAGGCCUUGACACCCAGCGACGUGGGGAAGCUAAACCGGUUAGUGGUACCCAAGUACCACGCCCACAGAUGCCUCCCUCUUGAACCUGAGACCAUGCAGAAAGGCGUCAUUCUAAAUUGUGAAGAUACCGCAGGCAAAACAUGGAGGUUCAGGUAUUCAUACUGGAGCAGCAGCCAGAGCUAUGUGUUCACCAAGGGGUGGAGUCGAUACAGUAAGAGCAACCGGCUGCAGUCUGGGGAUAUCGUGACCUUGGGACGGAGCACCAGUGGCUGCAGACAGCUCUACAUCAGUUUCCGCCGUAGGGUAUCAAAUCAAUUUCCACACCAACCGGCUGCUCUCGGUAGUCGCCCCGUUCAUCCGAUUUUAGUUAGGCUGCUGCCGGGCUACGGCGAAUCAACCCAUGAUAGUGACUCACCGCCUGCUGCUGCCGAUAGAUCCAUAAUCUCCAAGGGUAUAAUCCCAUUGCUAACCCAAACUAAUUCUUCUUCAUCUGCUCUUGAUUUGUACAGUCUGUCCUCGUCGAUGAAAUCGUCCCCAAUUAAGGGAAACUCGUGGCCGGUUGGGUAUCCGCAGAGGAAAAAGGUCACUUCGUUUUCUUCCAAUACUUCAAAUGUUAAGGUGUUCGGUGUAAAUCUAAGUUUAUAAGUGUAUACUAGUCGUCCACAUAAAAUCAUUUUUCGGUGUAAAUCUAAGUUGAAUAGUAUGUAUGGAGAGUGCUUGUAUUCAUAGAUUGCGAAGAAGACGGUGGAGCAUUUAGGGUUUUACUCAAGGCGAAUGCUGCAACGCCUUGGAGGUUAGUUAGUAAGUAACUGUUUGGAGGGUGCUUGUAAUCAUAGAUUGUUAAAAAGAUAGGGGAGAGAGAAUAAAUGGUUUUAAAAGUACGAUUUGCUUCCCGGUGUUUCAGGAAUUCGUUUCUGUAAGUAAUAAUAUUAGGUUUGGAAA